CAACUUUCUUAACAGCUCUUACUCCAUCUGAGACUUUUUCAAAGCUAUCCACACUGGCUCUUUCAAAAGGAAGCCACUUUCGAUCUCUUGGCUUCUACCCCCUACCCUGCUGGCAGGGCAUUGUGCAGCACCCUUUCCAGCGCACCUGGGUGCAGGAGAUCGAGGAAGAGAGCAUCUGCCAUCCAGCUUCAUCCUAGCAAAGACCCCCAGUGCCAAGCAGGAGUGGACUGAGGAGGAGGAGGAAGAAGAGAAGGAGGAGGAGGAUGUGUCCCCUGAACAAGACACCAUCAGGGUCAUCCAGGAGCACCUCUGGGGCAGAGCUGAGUUGGUGGCCAAACAGCUCCGCUUCCUCCAUACUCUCCCACGUCUGUGCUUCUCCACAGCAGCAGGGGCUGAACACUCUGGAGCCCCACUUCUCCAAAGCGGCCCUCGUGGAGAGCAUUGCGGAGCUGAUUGAAAAUCUGCCCGUGGUGCCAGAGCCAACCUUCAUCAUCUCCAGCUUCAUGGCCGCAGUUUGCAGCCUCAGCAAACUGAAGCCGCUGCUUGCCCUGGAGCUGGAAUCACACCUCCUGCGGGCUCUUCUUUACACCAUCUUCACCAUAGGCACUGGGCAGGAUGCCACCCACUUCCAGGCUCUGCACAACAUCUAUUUACAGAGCCUAGAUGCCAUGGCCUCCAUGUUCAGGAAACGAGCAUACACGUACUCUCAAACAAGAAGCAUUUCCCCGAAAGCUGCCGCGAACGGCACCGAUAGCGCAGAAGGCGAGAUGAGUGGCGAGGAGGAGGAGGACGGGAGUCAGCUCGCCACAGCAGCGGGAAGCCGGGAUGACAACCAGAAGGGCCCAGAUCUGCUGAACCUGAGACAUCCGUAUCCCGUGGGCGAAAAUACCCAUCAGCUUAUGUUUGCAGCCUAUUGGAUCCAGGAAGUUUUGGGUGGAAACAUCGACUUAUCCUCACUGACCACUAAUAACUGCCUAGCAUGUUCCAAAGGGAAUGGUGAGUCGGACGAUGAAUCUAAGGUAUAG